GCCGGGGGACGCGGGCGGACCCGGGGCGAGUGAAUCUGACAGGCCGAAAGAAACGUGGGGACUCCGCGCGGUUCUUUGCGAGCGGUGUUACACCCAGCUUGGGCCUGGAACUUAACGCGCUGAUGCUAACAACGGUCUUGUGAGGAAACUGCGGCUCAGAUAAGUUCAAGGCGCUUGCGUAGUGUGGACAGCCAGCUCCACCACCCAGGUCUUCCUAACUGUCUAUGGCCAAGGACAUCCUGGGUGAAGCGGGGCUGCACUUUGAUGAGCUGAACAAGCUGCGGGUAUUGGACCCUGAGGUUACCCAGCAGACCACAGAGCUCAAGGAGGAGUGCAAGGACUUUGUGGACAAAAUUGGCCAGUUUCAGAAAAUAGUUGGUGGUUUAAUUGAGCUUGUUGACCAGCUGGCAAAAGAAGCAGAAAACGAGAAGAUGAAGGCCAUCGGUGCUCGGAACUUGCUCAAAUCUAUAGCAAAGCAGAGGGAGGCCCAACAGCAGCAACUCCGAGCCCUAAUAGCAGAAAAGAAAAUGCAGCUUGAAAGGUAUCGGGUUGAAUAUGAAGCUUUGUGUAAAGUAGAAGCAGAACAAAAUGAAUUUAUUGACCAAUUUAUUUUUCAGAAAUGAACUGGAAAUUUCAUUUUAUAGCAGGCCGGGCAAAAAACAAAACCCAAAAAACCUCUGUACCAAUCCAGUGACUUGACCAAUGACCCAAGUAUGUCCUGAGAGAUGGUGUGGAAAAAACGCAGCAUCUCUGAAGGCAGUAAGCAAGUCUGGGGGGUUUGUUGCAAAUGUCAGCGAACAUCUGCUGGGCAGUUACCCCGUGGCCACAGUGCUCCAGGCUCUCACCUCUUGGCACUCUUAGCCUGAACUGAGCAGUCUGUAAAUUUUGACCCUUUUUUUUUUGUAAAGUCACAAAGCUUUCAAAGGAAGAGCAAUAAAUUAUUGUUUUCAAA